CUUCCAGUGACCAGGGGACGGCUCUGCAGGUGCAUCACGCUCCCGAGGAUCUCCUCUCUGCAAAGCUGAUUUCUGCAGCUCAGGAUGGCAGCCCCGAAGCUGGUGCUGGCGCUGCUGGCUGCGGCGCUGCUGCUGCAUGUGGCUGCCACACUGAGGAUCAGUGCCUUCAACAUCAGGGCAUUUGGAGACAGCAAGAUGUCCAACCAGACGAUCGCAGAUUUCAUCGUCUCUAUCCUGGUGGAGUACGACAUCACCUUGGUGCAGGAGGUGCGGGAUGCUGACCUGAGUGCAAUAAGGAAGCUGAUGUCUCAGCUCAACAGCGCAUCAUCGUACCCCUACAGCUUUUUGAGCAGCGUCCCCCUGGGUCGGAACAGCUACAAGGAACAGUACGUCUUUAUCUACAGGUCAGACAUCGUCUCUGUGCUGGAAAGCUAUUACUACGAUGACGGCUGUGAGUCCUGCGGGACAGACAUCUUCAGCAGGGAGCCCUUCAUCGUGAAGUUCUCCUCUCCCACCACACAGGUGGAUGAGUUUGUCAUCGUGCCCCUGCACGCAGAGCCCAGCAAUGCUCCGGCCGAGAUCAAUGCACUCGCCGACGUCUACACAGAUGUCAUCAACAAGUGGGCAACCAACAACAUCUUCUUCAUGGGUGACUUCAAUGCUGACUGCUCCUACGUGACCGCGGAGCAGUGGCCCUCCAUCCGCCUGCGCUCCCUGAGCUCCUGCGAGUGGCUCAUCCCCGACAGCGCCGACACCACCGUCACCAGCACUGACUGCGCCUAUGACCGCAUCGUUGCUUGUGGCUCCGCACUGCGCCAAGCAGUCGAGUAUGGCUCUGCUACGGUCAACAAUUUCCAGGAGACUUUGCAUAUCCAGAACAAGGACGCUUUGGCCGUCAGUGACCAUUUCCCGGUGGAGGUGACGCUGAAGGCCCGCUGAGACCUGCUCCAACAGCCAGCAGUGAGGAGCGCACGUGCCACCAGCUCCAACAAAGCUCUGCAAACCACUCGAUUUGCUGCACGCUGCCUCUGCAAGGAGGCAGCCCUCAGGGGUCCUGCCAUUGUGGGAUGCCCUCAGCUUGCAUUAAAAUGAUGCCGUGUUCA